AUAGCCUAUAAGUGAGCCAUCAUGGGCCUUCUUCGCAAUUUGUGACUUGUUUGUAUCUUGGUAACCUAGUUAUAAAAGUAUUCUUUUUUGUAAAAUGCCAUAUUUACAAGAGACACAAUUUUUAGCCCCGGACGGGGCCAUUUUUCCUCCAAAUAAACCUAUGGAACCCAGAACACACUUUUCGGAGUCACCAAUUGUAUAUGACAAUUUCUUAUUUUUGGAUUUCAAUGAUGAUGGAAAUUGUAUUUUGGGAACAUCGGAAAUAUCGGGGACCUUCUGGGAAGGCACUCUGCUCUACUUUCAAGAUUACCAUCAUAUGGAAACCUUGGAUUUUCAUGGCCACUUUGUAAACUCCAGUACUUCUGAUGGUAAAUUUUUGAGCAAAAAUGUUGUUAGCCAAGAUGCGUGUGGCUUUUUUCUGGCAUCUGAAAGCAGCAAUUGCGUUAGUAGAGUUUCCCCAAAGGAGAAUACCGUACGAAAGGACAGAAUGAAAAAGGGAAAAAUAGCUUUAAGUGAAGACACAGGACAUAUAAAUGUAUUGUCUCUUGAUGAAGAUAAUACAAUUCGAACUACUAACUACUUCAAAUUAAUUGAGCGGGUUCCUCGAAUCGAGGUGUGGAAUAAUUCUCAUCGAAUAUUAUGCUGUUCUGGAAGGUCAGUUUCAAUUUGGGAUGCUGACAGUGACCAUAGAAAACCCUUGCAAACAUUUGAGGAUUUUCACACAGAUCGUAUCACUUGUUUGGAUACUAUGAAACAAAAUCCAAAUCUAUUCUUAACUGGAGCUAGAGAUAGAAUGGCCUGUAUCUGGGACUUACGAAACUCUAUUCCAUCAUCUGUUCUUUAUAUCAAUGAAUUCUCAACUGUGACGAGUAUAUCAUGGAAUCAGAUGGAUAACAACUACAUCAUUGUUGGAACCCAGGCAGGCGAUGUGUACUUAUUAGACAAACGUGAACCUAAAGACUUUGUUUCUACUCAUCAUUGUUUCAAUGCUCCAAUUAACCAAACAGGCUUCAAUGGAUCGAAGAAAUUUGCAGUUUGUGGUGACAUAUCCGAUGUUUUGAUAGUGAAUUGUGUGGGAGGCAACCUUGAAACAGUUUAUCAAAAUGACAGUCAUAAUGGGCAUGUGAAAGGUUUGAAGUGGCAUAAAGGGAAUUUGUAUACCUGCGGUUUUGGAAAAUGUAUAGUAAAGCAUGUUAUGAAAGAAAAAUGUUUGUAAAUCACUGUAUGUACAUGUAAAUGGUACUGAGAGGCUGAAAAGAUUUUUCCCGUUUUGCCAUUAACAAUUAAAAAAGGUCAUAGACCGGAUUUCACUUGAAAAAAAAAA